AUGCUGCAGCCCGUCAGUGACCAGGACAGCGGUUAUGGAGAACUCGUCGAGCCGCCUCCGUCACUUUGGAGACUUGUGGAGGAGCAGGUGCCGGUAACCGAGAGGGCUGAGAUCAAGAGGAUCCUGGGAGAUGCAGCUGUUGACCUCAGUUUAGAGCUUCACGGAGAGGUUGAGGUCCUCCUGGACAUAUGGAGAGACCUAAAGUCUACCUCCUGGUGUCCAAGACAAAGUUCUCCCCACAGCCUCAGUUCACUCUUGGCCGAUCCUCCCGUGAUUAAGGACAUGGUGACUCAGGAGAUACGGAUGCUUCUGCUGAGUGUGCGACAAAAGGCUCGACGUGAUGGACUGGACGAGGAGCGGGUCCUCUCCAAGUACAACCCUAAAGUAGUGAACUAUGUCAUGGGGGAGAGUCGCCCUCCAAGCAGGAUUGGGAGCAGCUGUUCCAGGUACAGCGGGGGGCGCAGGUCGCAGACAGGCAGCACCGGAAGAGAUCUACGACCUCUGUCCUCCCUGUCUUCUGGGUCCAGCAUCGAAGAUGACCUCGAAGAACUGAAAGACAAGCUUAAGAUUUCUGACAUUGAUGAGGUUAUCGCACACCUAAAAUCUUUACUUGAAGACGAAUGCAGGACGCUGGAGAAAGAUAUCAGCUUCUUGCAGCAACGUCUGGAAUUAGAACAUCAGUAUGGUGCCGAAUCUCAGGCUGCGUCACCGGAACCAUCGCUGUCAGAGUUGAAGGAGGAAAGGCGUAUUAUCGAGGCGGACUUACACCUUCAACAGUCACCUGUAACCUCAUUGCUUUACCAAAAGAACACCAGCAAGAGCACAAAAAGACCAUUAGAUGCUCCAACAAUUAGCUUGUCUGAGAAUCAACGCGCCAGAGCCGCUAGUAGAAGAUCUUUAUCUGGCGGUUUACGAGACAGUGAACUUAAAGUUGCUCCCUGCCCACCAAGUUCGAAGCUCAAGGUCCAGGAGAAUAGGAGACCCAGCAGCGGUAAUAUAUCUGGCCCGCUAAUACCAACAUGCGCAGCUCUGCCACUCCCGCCCGCUGUUAAUGCAAAGAGUGAGCAAAGCAAAGAUAUCAGAACCAGAACCGUUCUCAACCAACCAAGUAAAUCACAGAGCAUCGCAGUGAAGGACAUGUUCCGUUCUUCACCCGACCGCCACAAGAAUUCAGAGACAAUUUUGAAAGCCACGUAUGGCCAAAACCCAGAGACAUCCUCCGCUGUGCGGGAUCCUGAUAAAUCUUUUCUAGGACUGGAUUCUGGUUUUGUUCCCACGCCACCCCAAGUACAGCGACCAACUGGUACGUCCAGUUCCUCCUCUACCUUACGAAGACUGAGGACCCAGCAGUCAAUAUCUCCAUCCUGA